GCCUGUUGCGUGUGGCAUGGGCACUGGGGAUUAUAUCUGUGUAACGGUGCGCGGAGGCGCGCCCUGGGGCUUCAGUCUCUGCCAAGGAGAGGGGGAUGCCUACCGACCUUUGCAGGUUUAUCAGGUGGAAGAGGGGGGUCGUGCGUCCCUGGCCGGGGUUUGUGAGGGGGAUGAGGUGGUGUCGCUGAAUGGAGAACCCUGCGGUGACCUUUCCCUCCCAGAAGCUAUUGCUCUCAUUGACGCCUGCGCCGACUGCCUGCAAUUACUGGUCAAAAGAUGCUGCGCACUAACCCCCGAGGCAUUUCAUUCAGAGGAGACCUACUUUGGCACAAGGGAGUCCUCUGGUGAGGCUUUGGAAAGCACCAACCUCCGCAUCCUGUCCCUUGGCAGGUCGCAACCACCCAGAGAGCUCUACAUCACUGAGUCCCAGGAUGAGGCCUACUAUGGGGAGACGGAGAGUGACACGGAGGCCGCCAGAGGGACCCAUCUGGUCCGUACCCAGCUCUGCGUGCCCGCAACUGGGGAGUGCAGCGGCCCAGAGUCCCAGUUACUCGGAGGGGACGGAGUUCGAGAAGGACCCCAGGGAGGGGCAAUGGUGGAGCUCCAGUGGUCCCUCUCUGAACACACCCUGGAUGAUCCUGUCUGCACCUCCCUGGGGAGUGCUCUUGGAAUAGAGGGGGAGAUCCAGGCGAGAGAAGCCCUCCAGAACAAGGCCCUCCUCCAUACCACCACCCACUCGCUCUACGUCUGUGGCCCAGCUAGGGAGCCCCUGAGUCAGCAUGGAGUGGUGGAGAUCACCCUGCACCAUCCCACAGCCGGAAGGGGUUCUCCAUGUCUGGUAGAGGGGGAGGGUGCCUGUGGGGCCAGUGGAAAUGUUGGUGGAGCCCCCAGGGAGGAAGGAACAGGGCAAAGCCAGGGAGCUCCUGCCUCCUUCACUGUCUCCUUCGGAAUUCCAAAAGAGGGUGCCGAGCCGGCAGAGGAGCCAGACUCAGAUUUGGAGAAGGACCUUGGGAAACCCAACAAGCACCGGGCCAGGCACGCCAGGCUCAGGCGCAGUGAGAGCCUGUCAGACAAGCAGGUGAAGGAGGCCAAGUCUAAAUGUAAGCGCAUUGCUAUUCUUCUGAACGCUGACGCUCCCAACCCCAACAACAAGGGGGUGUUGAUGUUCAAGAGGCAUCGACAGAGGGCCAAGAAGUACACACUCGUCAGCUACGGCACUGGUGAGAGCGAACCAGAGUACGACGACGACAGCGAGGAGGAGGAAGACUACGAGGAAAAAGACCCCCGAGCGAUCAGAUUUACCCUCGUAGCCACAACCAGCGAGUCAGAGCUUGACGAGGACUUCAUUACUAAUGCCCAUGGUGGAGGCAGAGUGAUAACCUGCGACUGGGACACGGGACUACUCAAGAUCGAGCGCAAGCUCAAUUCCGGAGAGGAGAUGGAGCAACUGCCCAACACUACGGGCAAGGGGGCCACGAUGUUUUCCCAGCGCCGCCAGCGCAUGGACGAGAUCGCUGCCGAACAUGAGGAGAUGAGGCGCCAGGGGAUUCCUGUGGAGGGAGUGCAGGAGGUGGAGAAGCAUGCAGCCUACCAGCAGAUGGAGGAGCGCUCGUACAUGCAGGCCACCACAGAGAGCCAGGCCUACAUGGACGUGAACGUGCACCAGAAGCAGCAGCAACAGUAUCAGCAGUUCCAAGAGCAGCAGUAUUACGAGCAGCAACAGCAGCAGCAGCAAUACCAGCAGCAGCAGCAAUACCAGCAGCAACAACAGUACGAGCAGCAGAAAUACAACCAGCAGCAGCAAUACCAGCAGCAACAAUAUCAACAACAGCAGCAGUACCACCAGCAGCAACAAAUUCAACAGUACUCGUCUAACAUGAACGGCGUCGCCAACCACCAAAGCAAUGAAAUGCAGAGUUCCAUGAGCAAUCGAACCCCCCAACUCUUCUCGGUACAAAACCAGGUGCCCGUCCCAAUUCUUCCCCCAGUGAGUGGGAACAACCAAGAAGCGAUGAGUCAGGGGGAGCAGAUUGCCUCGCGCGACGAGCGCAUUUCAACGCCGGCUAUUAAGUCUGGGAUCUUGCAGGACACAAGGAACAGAUUCAAGGGCAAGCCAAUGUUCAAUUUCAAACAGGCUCCCAAAGUGCCACCCAACCCGGAGCUUAUGAAUCUCCUCAACAGAAGUGACAAGAAGUUGGAUUUUGAGUCAGCUACGGAAGAGGACUACCUUAGCUUGGGGGCUGAGGCUUGCAACUUUCUCCAGUCACCAAGGGUCAAACAUAAGACGCCUCCACCAGUCGCUCCCAAGCCCAUCAUUAAUCCCAACUCUCCGCCUUGGUCCCCUCAGCCUGAGCUGGCCAACCAGGAGUUGCCACUGCAUGCUGAAAAUAAUGUCCCCACACCUGCUACAGCCUCUGAGCCUGAGUCCGCCCCUGCUCCAGAACUAGAUCCAACCCCUGUACCGACCCCAGAACCCUCCCCCCCUCUUGCACCCCAGGAAGUUCCUGCCAACACCCCCUCUCCAGAAAAACACACAUGUAGUCCCCCAGGGUCCCAGGCAGAGCAGCAGCCCCAGCAAGCACCAGCCUGGGGAAGAAAUGGACCUUCUCCACCUCAGCCUCAUUCACAACCCGAGCCUCAAGUGAGUUCUAAGGCUCCACCACAAACACAGGCACAACAGCAGCCACAACUGCAGCCACACGUGAGUACUUGGACACCUGCUGAUAUGAAGCCCCAGGCUCCAGCUCCAAGUCAGUCCCCACCACAGCUCCCUUGGGUGACUCCCCAACCUCCUCCUCCUCAGCCUCAAGCUCAGCCUCAGCCACCAAUGAAUUAUUGGGCUGCCCAGCCCCAAUGGGCUCAACCUCAAGAGCAAGCACAGGCCCAGCCACCAUGGGUUCAGCCUCAAGAACAAGUACAGCAACAGCCCCAGUCACCUUGGGCUCAGCCUCAAGAACAAGUUCAGCAACAGCCCCAGCCACCAUGGACUCAGCCUCAAGAACAAGCACAGGCCCAGCCACCAUGGGUUCAACCUCAAGAACAAGUCCAGCAACAGCCCCAGCCACCUUGGGCUCAGCCUCAAGAACAAGUUCAGCAACAGCCCCAGCCACCAUGGGCUCAGCCUCAAGAACAAGUUCAGCAACAGCCCCAGCCACCUUGGGUUCAGCCUCAAGAACAUGUACAGCAACAGCCCCAGCCACCAUGGGGUCAACAACCUCAGCCUCCACAACAGGCUUGGCCCCAGGCCCAGGCCCAGCCUCAGCCACCUUGGGUGUCAUCACCUCAGCCUCCAAUGAAUGCAUGGACACCACCACAGAGCCAGGCCCAGCCACCACAGCCACCUUGGGCCCAAUCAGCCCAACCCCAACCUACAGCUCAGCCCCAACCCCAUAUGAAUACAUGGGCCCAAGCACCUGCUCAGGCUCAAGCACAGCUACCCAUUAAUGCCUGGACCCCAGAUCAGAAUCAGGAUCAGCCACAGUCACAUUGGGCCCAAACAACUCCAACCCAAUCCCCAUCCCAGCAAAGCUGGCAACUGCCACCUCCACAGCAGACACCCUCACAGCCACCUAUGAAUGCAUGGGCCCCGGCUCAGGCACAGCCUCAGACACACACAAGUACCUGGGCCCCACAACCACAGCAAGCCCCAGUAAAUACCCAGACCCCGAUGGACAGAGUGGCUCAACCUUCUCCGAAACCUGGGAAUGCGCCACAAAAUGCUCCCCGUUCUAUUCCUCCGCCUCGCCCACAGCGAAUGAAUUCUUACACGCUUGGAGAAAGGUCAUCGUCACCCCUCAUCAAUCCAAUGGCCAGCGUCUUGGUACCAGUGCGAGGCAUGGGCUCAGCUUUGUCGAUGCCGGCUGUUACAGGGAAAGGAGCCGAUUUGUUCGCCAAGAGGCAGUCUCGUAUGGAGAAGUAUGUCGUGGAUUCGGACACUGUGCUGGCAGCCACUGCACAGGCAGCCCAGCAAGCCCAGGCAGCCACUGCGCAGGAAAACAAGGCAAGGUCCACAUCGCCCUCUCCCUCCGUACCUCAUUCGUGGAAAUAUUCACCCAAUUGCAGAGCUCCCCCUACAUCAAAUUACAACCCCAUACAGUCCCCGUCCUACCCACCAGGGGCCAUUAAGCAACCCCCUCCAUCUAGCCCUGCGGCCAAAGCCAAGAAAGGGAAAGGCAAACCUGCCUGCAAACCCCUUGCUGUUAUAGAUGUCAUGAAACAUCAGCCGUAUCAGCUCAAUGCCUCCCUUUUCACAUAUGGCCCAGCAGUGGAGGCUGCCGAGGCUGCCAAGGCCGCUGCACCAAAGCCUGCCCCAGCCCCUGCCCCAGUCCCUCCAAACCAAAACCAACCAAUCAGAUAUGAGAAACUUUCCCCUGUCCAGCCGGCUGGACCAAUGAAUGCUGCCUAUCCACAGCAGCCUCAGCACCCUCAGCAGCCCUAUGGGAUGCCCCCUCAACCAAACAUGCACGAUAGUCCCUACCACCAAGUCCCACCUAAUGCUUACCAGCCACCUAACAACCCCUACCAGCAAGCUCCUGCUGGCCCUUACCAACAACCAUAUAAUCCCCUUUACCAACAAGCCCCUCCAGCCCCUUAUCUACCCCAGCACCAUCCCCAGCCCCAAGCUCCAAACCCUUCCUACCAACCGACCCCCCAAGGUCCAUAUCAGCCAGCCCAUAGCCCCCCUUACCAAGCAGCACCCCAAGCCCCCUACCAGCCACUACCUCCCAGUACCUAUGUGGUCCCCAGCUUUCCGAUAGCAGCAAAGCCUGAGUCCAUCUCUGGGGGUAGCACCGCUCCAAAGCCCAGGUUCAUGGCCAAAAAGAGUUCAGCCCAGGAGUUUGGCCGGAGCUACACUCUGUUCCCACCCGUCACCAAAGCACCAUCGCUGGGCCUCCGGUCAUCGUCUGGAUCCCCCUUUCCCUCAUACAAACCCCUGGUACAGGCCUCGUCUGCUCAGGCCCCCCGGGGGAGGCAGACGUCAUGGCUGGACAGGAGUCACAAGCCUCCUUCCCCCUGGGAGGCCGCAGCCCACCACCCCAUGGGCCUGGUUGACGAGGCCUUUGCCUUCCAGAACCUCCAGCAGGCCAUCGCCUUCAACGUGCGCUCGGCUGCCCAGCGCAAGCUACUCCCUGAGCCCCCUGCCGAGUGGAAGGCUAGGGUGUCUGACGAUCCUCCCAGGAAGACUGAGGUAUGGAACCCGAACCAAAGAUGGAACAAGAGACAGAGCUGGGGUCAGAGCCAGAGUCAGAGCCAGGGUCAGAGCCAGGGUCAGAACCAGGAUCAGAGUCGGAGUUACAGCAGAGUUAUUCCUCCGAUCCUGUCCCCGACCAAGAGCAUAGCCUCGGUCCCCGCCGGUCCGACUGGCUACAGGUCCCUGCCCAGACAGUGGCAGCCACAGAGGUCCCUGACUGAGACCAACAUCGGGCCCUCUGGGGCUAUUCAUGGGUACGGAAGGCCCCCUGGGGGCCAGCAGCAGCCGAGCUACAGAUCUGUGUACCACACUAACUGGAGCUGGAGACGCUAGAGGCGACAAACAUGAUGGUUACUUCAUAACAAGACCAAAAAGUAACUCCAGAAUAUUCAGAUGAAGCUGGUAAUUGUGGCCAUAUAUAUCACCAUUAAAUAAAACUUGGGACAAUGGGAUAACAUAUUGAUUGAGGAGAGUGAGGGGCUAGUUAUUAAGUUUGUGAUGUGGACAGGAGAGAGUUUAAGAGGGAGGUCUGUUUUAGAUCUGCUUAUUCGGUUUCACUGAGAAUACUGCUAGGAGUAUACAGAUGAUGACAUUACCGCACCAGAAUUUAGUUGAGAGAGACAGACUGUUGCAUUGCAUUCAAGUACGCAUAAAUGCCAGACAGAUUAAGCCAGUAAAUGUUUUGGUAUUGGGGACACUGUCAAUGAUGGUUCUAUUUUAGCAAAUGGGCCACUAUUGAGUUUAACUUUAUCAAGUUUUCAUUGGACAGAAAUCAAUGAGUGAUUGACGGUGCAAUUCCACCCUUCUUUUUGCUUCAGAGGCUUUCAUUUCAUCCAACACUGAGGCGAUAGUGGCAUUCAAAGUAAGUGAAAUCAAUAGUAUUUCUUUGGAGGACGUAAUGGGCAUAAAGUAUGUUGUAAGGCAGAAUGUGUAAUUGCAUGUAUAAAAAUGAACGGAUAGGAGUAAUGAAUGGACAGGUACACUGAACAAAAAUAUAAACGCAACAUGUGAAGUGUUGGUUCCAUGUUUAAUGAGCUGAAAUAAAAGA